UCAAAGUUUAAAGUUUCAAACUCACAGGGAUUUUUUACCUUACUCGCGUGGUUACAAGAAAUCAAUCAGAAAAAAAAACAAAACAUGUCAAAUGACAAAUCUGCAAACAAAAGUGAAGUCGAAUGAAACAAAAUUUUAUACAAAACAUAAUUUGCAUACGCUUACACUUAGUUUUUCUUAAAAAUAAAUGGCGUAAGAUCCAUUCCGCAAGCAGUAUUAAAAUGUCUGAACAUAACUCGAAUUCUAACCAAUCCACAAACAAUAAGGAAGAAAUACGGAAGCUCAAAAUAUUGGCUUUCCAUGGAUAUCGCCAAAAUGGUACUGUGUUUCGGAAUAAGAUUGGGUCCUUCAGGAAGGUUGUAUCUAAAUACGCCCAACUGACUUUCAUAUCAGCGCCUCACAAAGUCUUUAACGAAGACGGUGGAGGUGAAGAAGAUUCUCGUUCAUGGUGGUUCAAUGCAGAGGAUAACACAUUCAGUGGCAAAUGUCUGGGUGGGCCAGCCAUUGGAUUUGAGGACUCACUGCAUCUUAUUGAGAAUGUGGUGGGGGAGCAUGGGCCGUUUGAUGGCUUCAUGGGCUUCUCACAAGGUGCCUGCCUAGUGGGGCUACUGGCUGCUAUGCAGCAGAAAGGAUAUUUACCAUAUACAUUCAAGUUUGCAAUAUUUGCAUCUGGGUUCAGAUCAGGAAGUUUAGUUCAUAAAUCCUUCUAUGAUGAGGACAUCCAUAUAAGAUCACUCCAUGUAUAUGGGGAAAGUGAUUCUAUUAUACCAAAAGAAAUGAGUGAGUCACUAAUUAAUUUGUUUACAAAACCAGUAGUGGCUGAACACUCUGGAGGACAUUAUGUGGCAUGCUCUGGUUCCAUCAAAGAUGCAUAUUUGGAUUUCUUCCAUGAUAGAUACCAAGAUCUUAUAGAGGGCAUGCAAAGAAGAAAUUCAUAGCUAUAAAUUAAUAGAUAUUGUGGAGAUAUUAUAAUGAUAAGGUUAAAUAAAGUUAAUAAAA